AUGACAUUGAGGUUCACUGUAGUUUAUCAUGGUUCUUUUAUACAUUGGGUUAUUUCUUGGUUCUCAGUUAGUGCAAACUUAGUUUUUGGGUCAGGCAUUACUAGAGAUGACACGAACAAAACCCUUAUGGUAACUGCCUGGACUAUUUGGAAAGACAGAUGCACCAAAAAAUUUCAGAAUAAGGAUCCUAACAGGGACAUCUCAGUUGCAGAGAUUAAUAAUCUUACUAUUUUUAAUGUUCAUAAUUCAAGUAUCAAUAAUGCUCAUUUGCAGGUCAACAGGUGGAAGCCUCCUGAGUCUGGUUUUUUAAAAAUCAACUUAGAUGCUUCUUUUAAACAGCUUAACUCUCAAGGUGGAAUUGGUCUGAUUGUUAGGGAUUUUGCAGAUGUCUGUUUUCGAGUACAAGGGGAAUACUUUGAUGGAGAAAUGAAACAAGGAAUUGAAGUGGAGGAGCUAGAGUGCAGGGCUAUGCUUGCAGCUGUUACUUUGGCAGUUAUGAAGAACUUCACUAAUGUUAUUUUUGAGAGUGAUAGUGAGAUAGUCAUUAAGUCCAUCAAUGAGAAAAUUUCAUAUGUUUAUUGGAUGAAUCAACAUUUUAUUUUAGAUAUUAGGUAUUUGCUUGGUAGAUUAGAGAAUUGGAAAUGCAUCUCUGUUAAAAGAGAGGCAAAUGGUGUCGCAGAUAAACUAGACAAGAAAGCUAUAAUAACUAAGUCUCAUUUCUCUUUUCAUUCUACUCUUCCUCGGGAUAUAAAAGAGUGGAUUGAUAAAGAAAAUCAUGUAGCAUUUUAA